AUUGAAUACGAUGUUAAGUAUACGACCUUAAGUGUUGGAAACUUAAAUCCGUUACUUAAUACUGCGCAUUUCAUUAAGACUAUUGCUUCGUUAUAAUGAAAAUUCACCAUAGAGAACAGAUGAGCCCACCUUGUCUGUGGGAAUGAUUUUUGGAAUUUUGACAGUUUUUGCUAUUAUUUCCUUCACAAUAACCAAGUCACUUAAUGCUGUGUGGCAAGAAAGUUCAUGGGAUCCUACCUGGGACACAUGGUGGCAUUACAAAGAAGGUGUAAUAGGAGGUCCAAGUCACUGGGGGCAGACGGCGCUUAUGGCUAUUACCAAUGACAUUUGGUCAGCUUGCUAUCAAGGAAAAAUGCAAUCACCAAUCAAUAUCUCUACAAAGCAUUUAGUAUUUGAUACUAAUUUGGAACCUAUAAAAAUACUAGGCCUAGAUAAACAGAUUGACGUGGAAAUAGUGAAUACCGGACAAGAUUUACAAAUGAAAUUUCUUGAUUCAGCAACAAUAAUUGUAUUCAGUGAAGGGCCAUUGGUAUAUGACUACAAGCUGUUUGGUGCUAUUAUAAAAUUUGGUUCAAGAUCAAGUCGUGGUUCAGAUCAUCAAAUUGAUGGUAUUGCGUUUCCGGCAGAGCUACAAUUAUAUGCAUUCAAUUACAUCUUAUAUCCAAAUUUUUCUGUUGCACUAUCUAAACCGAAUGGGUUAGCUGUAUUGUCUAUCUUCUGUCAAGUCGGUGGUCAGUCAUCAGCUGAUUUGGAAGCUAUAUUUUCUAUAGCAGAUCAAGUGCAGUUGAAAGGACAGUUUAAAAAACUUCACGGUUUGUUGUUGGAUGCUAUAAUACCAUCAACUGUUCACUAUAUGACAUAUCAAGGUUCUUUACCUUUUCCUGCUUGUUAUGAAACAGUCACUUGGAUUAUACUCAACCAACCAGUUAUAAUCACAGAAACACAGGUAAACAUAAAUUCACUUAAAAGGGGGUUUAAAUAAAAUAUCACCAUACUGAUAAUACAUUACUAAAAUGGACUUACUAAAUACGUGUUAAUCGACAAAGUAAUUUCUGUUUAUUUAUUCCUAAGUAUAUAAAUUUUUUUAUAAAAAAUUGAAUAUUUUAAAGUAAUAUAGACAAUACAGUAAAUAAUCACGUUUCUCAUUACUGAUAUGUCGAUAGCAAAUAACUCAUCGAUUAAAAUAAUCAGGAAAAUCUUUAUUGAUUAAAAGGUAAUAGAAAUAAUUCGACUACUCAGAAAUUUGUCAAUAAACAAAAAGAUCAUAACCAUUGAGUAUAGAAUGUAUAUUACCUUCAAAUUGAGUUGUCAUUAAUUAUUUUUUCAAAAGCUAAGAAUUUUAUUAUGACUAUUCUCUGAAAUCCUCCAUUUUAUUAUUUUACUUUUUGUUACUUUUAGCACUACUCUCAAUAUUUAUUAACUUGUUUAGAUGAGUUACUAUUAACAUUGAUUAGGUCAUAAAUGUGCUCAAACAAGAUGAAAAUAACAAAUUAGGUAAGAAAUCAAAAUAAUGUUAUGAUAAUGAUCAUGAAAAUGCGACUGUACGUUGUAAAAAUAUUGUUCGAAGGAACAGUACGAAUUAUAUUCAAAUGAAUUGUUGAAAAUCAAGACUGAAAAAAAGGAUCAAGAGUUAACCCAUCAACACCAUUGUGAAUGAUUUAAGAAAACAAACCCUUUAAAUGUACAUUAAAGCAAAUAUAGCGCCUACUUUUAUUGAUUCAAAAAAUAAAUUAACCAUUUAUAAAUCUGUUCUUUUCUUUCCAUGUAACAGCUUAGAUUUAAGAGAGAUAUUGUUAUAAUAUUAUUUACGAUAUAAAGAACACUGACAAAUAAAUUUGAAGUUAAAUCUAAUCGACGGACCAAGUGAUUCUUCAUUGAUAUUAUAUUCGUUAUUUUUUUUAGAGUCGUUUAACGCGUAAUACUGAGUAAAUUAUUAUUAUAAUCUUUCAUAAUUCAAAUUUAUACAUAUUUCCAGAAGGGGUUUGGUGAAGAUCAUAGUAAUUUCAAUAGUUGGAAUCAUGAGUCAAUUAAAGCUCGCGAAGAGGCGGAAUCGUGGGUGCGCACUGCUGAGGAGUCCUAUACUAGAUCAAAACGGCCGUCCAGUGCUUUCAGGUUUUCCAUGGUGGUCUAGCUUCAAUUGACACAUGAUUUCAACUAUUGAAAUUAUACAUAUUUACUAAUAACUAAUUAUCAAAGUGAGGAUACAAUUAAUGCACAUAAUAAUUGAUAACAUCACCAAAUGAAUAUCUAAUAUUUAUUUUCUAUAAUCAAAUAGCAGAGACAUGGUACGUAUAUUUUUUUUCUAAUAAGUGUUGUUUCACUAAUCUUUUUUAAUUUCGAUUUAUCAAACACCGUUUUAAGUUCAUGAACUUAUAAUGACUCAAAUGUCUUCAAGCAUAAUGUUAACUUGUAGAUCAUCAUUUGGUUUCUCUAGUUUUGCCAUUAAAAAAUAGUAAGCGUUCAGAAAAAUACUCUAAUUCUGGUUAAUGUUCACUAUUUAAUUGAUAAGAAUUUUAUAUACAUCCAUAAUAGUUGUACAUAAUGACAAGGCAACUUCAGCUAUUCUUUAGUAUCAUUUGAAUGGGAUUUUUAUCUACAUUCAGACCAGAUAUAAAACAAUUUCUUAAUGACACUAAAUAUUUAUAUUAUAAGUACGUUUUCACUUGUUAUUAGCCAUAUAUGUGGACAAAAAUCAUGACAUACAUCGUUUACAUGACAAAAACUUUGAUAAAUAAGUAAGUGUACAGAUACAAAAUUAAAAGAACUUUACAAAAAAUAUUUCAUCUUUGUUAACCUUAUCAUAAUCGAUAGCUAAUUUCUUCAAAAAAAUAUAAGCGCGAACGGUGAUAUAAAAAUAUACAGUUGCAUCAUAAAUUUAAAUUCAUGUAACGGAAAUUCAAAUAUUGUUUAACACUUUUAUAAAGUUCAUCUCCCAACCUGGAUAUAAAUACUAGUUAGUUUUCUCCUAGAGCAACUAUGGUGAUAAAUAUAAACAGAAAAUUACACAAAUAUCUGUCGAACUUUACAUAAAAACACUGAAAUCAAUAACACUUGGGAUAUUUGGUUGAUAAAUCCACUUAUUUUGAGCAACGGAAAAAGUACUGACAUUGAAAUGUAUCAUACAAAUGCAAAGCACAACGAUAUAUAUAUAUAUAUAUAUAAUUCUUAUUCAUAGUUGAGUGACGACUAGCCUGAAAAUCCAGUAGAAGAGUAUCCUUCCAUUUGGCAUUCGUCAGCUGAGUUGACCUAUUAUCUUAAAGUUGAUCUUUACUCUGAUACUCGCACCCAGUACGUUUGCUCCGUAUGCGGUCAGUCUUUCUAGGCAUAUUUGCAUGAUGAACGGGUUUCCUCAAUAUUUUCUUUAAGUCACGAGCAUUUUUAAGCACAAAUGGAUGAUGAUAAGCUGUGAAACGUAGAAAACGGCAUUCCAGUGCUUCCAGGUUUUCCAUUGUGUUCUAGUUUCAAUUAACUCAUGAUCUCGACUAUUAAAAUUACUACAAUCUCUAAUAAACCCAAAACCAAAAAACAUUCAGAUAACUCUUAUUUUGAACAAGUAUUUCAUUAGUUUUGUCUCAUGUAAAUAAAGUAAUCAUUAAAAAUAAUUAAAAUAUUUCUACUGUGUGUGGUGUAUUGUGAAUGAAUUGUUGUGUAUGAAUUAUUCCAAAUGCAAUAUAGAUUUACUACCAAUGUUUAUAUAAAUUUCUCUUAAUUCACAAAAAAUCGACAUCUAUAGAAAAAUGUACUUUUACAUUAUUUUUGCAUUAUAGUUGAAAUCUCUUCGUCAACUUCGAAUUUCUUCAUUUCGGGAAUCUGGUAGAAUGGCUGAUAAUUAUCGAACAAUUCAGAAACUUAAUAAGCGCUCAGUAAGAACAAAUAUCGACUUUAUACAGACUCAACCAUACUGUUCAAUGCAAUCUAGACGAUCUUACACUGUAUCGAAGAAAAUUGUUGAAAACUAAAAACUUUGGUCGUUGUAUUACGAUCUUAUUGAAUGAGGAUAUGUGAAUUCAAAAGGUUUCAUACAAAGAGAUGUUAUUUUGUGUGAAACCAAUUUAACUAAGUUGUUCUACUUAGUAACAGAUAAUAUUCUAAAAUGAAUAAUGAAAAAACUCGGAGGAAUAUCUUGAAUUAUUUAUUCAAAACGAAUAAUAUAAAAUCUGAUUCAUAUCAUUACACUUUAGUAGUAAAAUAGUUGCUGUUCUCAGGAAGGUAAAGACUGUUUCUUGUUUUUAUUUUCUUUUAUCAUCUACCUCAUAUUACCAGUAAAAUAUCCAGAUUGUUAGUGAAUGCAUAAAAAUAAUAAGAAAAUUUAUAUACCUCGACAAUACAUAAUCUAAUUUAUUGUCAAUACUUUUUAUAAAUUUCUUAUUAACUCUUAAUCUAUAUUUUGUUCAUUUGACUUACUACGGAAAAAAGACGGCAAAUAAUUGUAGUAAAAUAAUAUUUCAUGACUGUUGUAUAAAACUUUGAUUUGAAUUCAUUCGAGUUUUUUUAUCAACAGGAAAGCACAUUAUAAUUGUUACAUUUUAUUUUGAUUGUACUUCAUAUUAAUAAUAUGUAGCUAUGGAUGAAAUUAAACAAAACAAGUGAAUGUACAAUACAAUGUACAAUAUACUUUCAUUACGUUGAAAAAAAAGUUUAAUAAUAAAAAAAUAACACUGUUGUUAAUAUUAAUUAAGUUGCCCUUGUUAUAGUAAAUUGGAAAUAUCACUAUCUCAUUUUCUAUUUAAAUGAAUUA